CAGCCGAAAAUCGGAAACAACUCCAACUCCAGCAUGUAUUCCAUUGCCGGCGUCACUAUUCCAGUACCCCCACAAGCCGUAGAGGGACUGGCAGUAUUAACCACUUUACGGUUGUUUCAAUAUGCAAUUUUCCGCACUCGUGCGAUCGCCCCAAUCGCCAAAGCAGACUCAGGUGCCAUUCGCACAAGCCCAACCACCUUCAUUGGUAGGGCCGUGACCCCGAUACACGGCCUCGCGUUCUCCGUCCCGUCCGUGACAUACGUUCUAUGCGUCACUGGCAACUUGUUCACGCAGCCUGCGUGGAUGCAGCGCAUGAGCCUACCUAACGACUACUUCCAACACGAGACUCAAGUGGUGCUGAGAAUCGCGGCAUGUGCAUUGAGCUUUGUGCUCGUCAGGUUUUUUGGACGCGCAUUGACACACCUUGGGAACCAGUGGCACACGAUUGGGAGACGGGAGAAGCCUAGAGUCGUGCAGACAGGUCCAUAUGCGGUGGUGCGUCAUCCGCUAUACACGAACGUGCUCAUCCAGCAGGCGGUUUUUGCGGUGGUGUUCUGGUCUUAUGCGCCACUUGUGGGUCUUGGUAUCAUUGCUAGCGCGUUCGCUGUCAAGAUACCUAUCGAGGCGAGUGAGGCUCUUAUUAUGGAGGAUGCUGCUGUUGCCGCAGAAUACCGUGCAUACAUGCAAAGAGUGCCUGCGCGUGUCAUUCCAUUCGUCUGGUGAUGUGUUUUACUUGAAUAAGAAUAUGUCAU